AGCGCCCUCUGCGGGGCGGAAGUGACGCACGGACAGCGGAAGUUCCCGCCCCCAGCCCCGCCUCCGCCCCUGGCUCACGCGAGCUGGGUGUUUCCUGCCUCUUUCAGUCCAGGCUUGGAGACUCCGGCGUCCUCCGACUUUUCAUGGAAGAGAUGUCAGGAGAAAGCGUGGUGAGCUCAGCGGUGCCAGCGGCUGCUACCCGCACCACUUCCUUCAAGGGCACGAGCCCCAGCUCCAAGUAUGUGAAGCUGAACGUGGGCGGCGCGCUCUACUACACCACCAUGCAGACGCUGACCAAGCAGGACACCAUGCUGAAGGCCAUGUUCAGCGGGCGGAUGGAGGUGCUCACCGACAGUGAAGGCUGGAUCCUCAUUGACCGCUGUGGGAAGCACUUUGGUACGAUACUCAACUACCUUCGCGACGGGGCCGUGCCCUUGCCGGAGAGCCGCCGGGAGAUCGAGGAGCUGCUGGCAGAAGCCAAGUACUACCUGGUCCAGGGCCUGGUGGAAGAGUGCCAGGCAGCCCUGCAACAGAACAAAGAUGCCUACGAGCCUUUCUGCAAAGUCCCCGUUAUCACCUCAUCCAAAGAAGAACAGAAACUUAUAGCGACUUCAAAUAAGCCAGCCGUGAAGUUACUCUACAACAGAAGUAACAACAAAUACUCAUAUACCAGCAAUUCUGACGACAAUAUGCUGAAGAACAUUGAACUCUUCGAUAAGCUCUCUCUGCGCUUCAACGGAAGGGUCCUGUUCAUAAAGGACGUCAUCGGGGACGAAAUCUGCUGCUGGUCCUUCUAUGGGCAGGGCCGGAAGAUCGCCGAGGUCUGCUGUACCUCCAUCGUCUACGCCACCGAGAAGAAGCAGACCAAGGUGGAGUUCCCGGAGGCCCGGAUUUAUGAGGAGACGCUGAAUAUUUUGCUGUAUGAGGCCCAGGACGGCCGUGGACCUGACAAUGCGCUCCUGGAGGCCACAGGCGGGGCGGCAGGGCGCUCCCACCACCUGGACGAAGACGAGGAGCGGGAGCGGGAGCGGAUCGAGCGCGUGCGGCGGAUCCACAUCAAGCGGCCCGACGACCGCGCCCACCUCCACCAGUGAGCAGGCAAGCGGGCCAGCUCUCCUCCUCCCACGCUCCACACUGACCCCUGCAGGCUCCCAGGCACCUCCACCCCCCCUGGAGUCUGGAGAGACUUUUGUAACAAGCCAGAUUAUUUUGAUAUUUCUCGACAAGGUGGAUUGAUUUGUACCAGGUGAACGCUCCCGUGUUGUUGACAAGCUGUGUCCAAGGGCUCUGCUUCUGAGAACCUGGGAGGUUCUGGGUUCUCAGAAGAAAAGUAUGGAUGCGUGUGAGGCGUACGUGAGGACUGUCGUUUGCAGUAUUUAUUUUUGUGGAUGUUGACUGCCUGUGGGAGCUUCUUGGAUGGCGGGCGUUGUCUUUGGGGUUCAGUGUGACAGCUCUGAGCUGUCAGCUGGUGGCCACCAGGGGUGUCUUCAGGCUCCAUCCUUCCUCAUCCUCCCGCCCGCCAAGCACGCCUUCCAGACGUGGCUUUGCAGCAGGACUUCUUGCCCAGAGCGUGUUGGUAAAUAAUGGCGGCGUGUGGCAGUGGAGGCGGGGCCUGGUGUGCUUUGUGUCACUCCGGAUGCCUGAUCUGGUUAGGGGGCAAGCCUCUUGCUACCUUGGCUCGGGUGAGAGCUCGUCCUGUUCCUGCUCCGCUGGUUUCCGGGAAGGCCGGCUCACAACCGAGGGACCCAUUCCUUCCCCCCUUAAGCUGGGCUUGCUGCCGCAGUAGGUGCCUGCCCUUUGCUUAGAAGCUCAGUGUGGCCCCAGCCUGGCAUCCACGCGGGACCACCACUCACCAGCAGCCUCGGGGCAGCCUGCCUGCUGUCAGCGUAGCCAUUACCGGAGACCCCUGGGUGUCUCUGCCUCUGGUUUUGACGUGUACGGAGUGGCUGUCAGGAAGAUGUGCAGACCGUUUGGGGGCGGUUAGUGUUCAUGGUGUUCAGGGGACGUGUGUGAGGGUGUGUGCAUGUGGGGCACUCCGCGGUGCUCAUGUGGGAAGGGCGUUCUCGGUACCUACCUCCCAGUCUCCUCUGCGCCUGUCGGGGACAGAAGCGAGAUGUGACCAGUGUCGGUGGUUGAGACUAGACUAGGUAUAGUGACCAGGUGAGAGGAAUGUGUGUAAGGUAGUGAGUGGCUUUGUCCACCUUUUAAGGGAAAUGUUACUGUUUUAUACCAAAGGUAUUCAUGUGGGCAGCCUCUGAUACAAUGUAGUCC